AUGGGCUCCGUGCCGGGGCUGCCCGGCCCCGGGACCGCCGUUACCCUGCGGGUGCGGGCCGUGGACGUGCGCCCGGCGGCGCCCGUGGUGCGGCUGUGGGGGCUGCUGGGCGAGCCCCGCGCCGAGCACGUCCGGCUCCGCGGCGACGUCCAGGCGGCCGCGGGGCCGCGCCCGGGGAGCGUGCCCGGAACCGUGCGGCCGGCGGCGGGAGGAGCGGAGCUGCGCGCCGGGGAGCUGGGACUGGUGGAGCUGGCCGGGCUGUGGCACCGCUGCCGGGUGCUGAGCCGCUGCGGCCGCGGCUGCCGCGUGUUCCUGCUCGACGAGGGCCACACGGUGACGGUGUCCGCCGAUUACCUGGCGCGGGGCGGCCGGGAGCUUUUCCUUCUGCCGCCCGAGGUGCUGGGCUGCGUGGUGGCCGACCUGCUGCCGUCCGCGGGCCCCGUGGCCGGAGCCUGCGGGGACGCGCCGGGCUUCGCCUGGACGGAGGAGGCGAUGGAGCUGCUGAGGCACCUGCACGGCAAGGAGCUGCCCGGCCUGGUGCGGGAGCUGCUGGUGCCGCAGCUCCUGCUGGUGCUCGAGCUGCCCCCGCUCGUGGCCCAGAUGCAGCGGCUGGGCCUGGCCAGGCACGUGUCUCCCAGCAGCUUCAGCUGGGUGCUCAGGCACUGCCUGCUGCAGGAGUCCAAAAGCAGCGCGUCCGUUCCCGCUCUGAUGUGCGAGGGCAAAGAAAACCUGCCGGUCCCUCGCAGGCAGAGCUAUGUGGAAAUGAGGCCCGGUUCCUCUUAUGGGGGUCAGUUAGAAGUGGGAUGUACGGUGGAUGUCGUCGUAACGUGUGCUGAAAAUCCUGGUUAUUUUUGGUGCCAGUUAAAGAAGUGCAAUAACUUCGUUGCGUUGAUGGCAGAAAUACAGGAGUAUUGUAAAAGUUCGUCCCAGCCGCAUACUUGGCCGCAUUCGGUGUGUUUAGCCCAGUACUCGGAGGACAAACGAUGGUACAGGGCUUUAAUUGUCAGUGAGGUCACUGCUGCGGAGAAAGUAGAAGUCAUGUAUGUUGACUAUGGCAACAGGGAGCUGGUGUCCCUAACGAGUCUCCGCUCCAUUAACGAGCGCUUCCUUGAGCUGAAGGCCCAGGCCUUCAGGUGCAGCCUUUACAACUUAAUCCAGCCGAAUGGUCGGGACCCGUUUGUUUGGGAUGAAGCUGCGAUCCUGGCUUUCCAGGAGUUUGUCGAUGCCUCCUCGGAUCAGUUUGAACUGCAGUGUACAAUAUUUGCCUUGGCUUCGAGGAACAAUAGGGAGCUAUUUAACAUCGUAGAUUUAAUGACGCCUUUUCAGAGCGCGUGCCAGUUUCUGACAGAGAGAGGUGUGGCCAGACGUGCGUCGCCUCAAACACCUCUGGCAGCCUGUGUUCAACUUCAUUCUUUCUAUUAUUCUAUGCACGAGAUCAAAAUUGGGAGCGAAGAAGAUGUUUUUAUUACGCACGUUGACGAUCCUCUGACGUUUUACUGCCAACUUGAAAAGUGUGCAGAUGUCCUCGUGCAGCUUACCGAAAGCAUUUCUCGUCUCAGUGAAACAAUGGCAAGCUUAGAAACCUGGCAGAAGCGUGGUGACUUGUGUCUCGCAAGGUACACUGACCGCCACUGGUACCGGGGAGUCAUUACAAAAACAAAACCCAGCAAGGAAGUCUUUUUUGUGGAUUUUGGGAACACAGAGACCAUUGAAGAAGAUCAUCUGCUUCCUAUACCAAGUGAUGCUCACGAUGUCUUGCUUGUGCCAAUGCAGGCUGUAAAGUGUUCCUUAGCUGAUCUAGCUAAUGUUCCCCAAGAAGCUACAGCGUGGUUUAAGCAAGCUGUCCUGGAAAAGCAAUUAAAAGCAAUUGUCGUGGCAAAGGAAUCUGAUGGUAAACUGUUGAUUGAGCUGUUUGAUGGUAACAUGCAAAUUAAUGCAAAAUUAAAGGAGGAGUUAAGAUUAAGAAACAAUGCAGAAGCGUGUAGGCGCGUAGGGAGUGCAGCUUCAUACUCCAGUACAGAUAUGGAAAAGAGGAGCGAGGCUGCACCGUCUCCUCUGAAAACAGGAGAAAGUAAAAACUGCAGAUCUGAAGCCCAGGGAGGAGAGAGGAGUGGCAAAAUGCACAUCAGAGAAAAAGAUGGAAACCUUCUCCAGCCCGCUGCAAAGAGAGAACUGGCAGCUGAGGGGAGGUUCAGCAGUAACAAAGGUGUUUUAUUAAGUAAAGUGGGGGAGCGAAUGCAGUCUCCGCUCUCUGUCGAGAUGGCUGCAGAGUCGGAUAAUAAAUCUGAUACUGAAGGCAGUUGUAUACCACUGAAGCGUGUAACUGAUCUGCCACAACAGAGCGUGGUGCCAGCUCUUACAGUGUUAGCAUAUGUUUCUUACGUAAAUAAUCCUUUAGAUUUUUAUGUUCAACUGGCAAGUGAUGAGGCUCAACUUCACAGUAUUUCAGAACGCUUAAAGAACGAAAUGCCAGCGAAGCUCCCCUGCGGACAGCUCUUGCAAACUGGAGACUUAAUCUGUGCUCUGUAUUCAGAUGACAGCCUGUGGUACAGAGCUGUGGUAAAAGAGAAGGCGUCUGACCAUUUGAUUAGCGUACAAUUUAUUGAUUACGGUAAUGCUUCAGUAGUUGAUGUUGAUCAAGUGCGCAGACUCCCUGAAGACUUAGAAUCUAUUCCAGCAAUAGGCAUUCAUUGCUUCCUAGGUGGACUUGAAUGCAAAAAGAGCACAGACUGGGCAGAGAAAGCAGCUCUUUGCUUCACCGAGAGAGUAAGUGACGUUCUGCUAACGUGUGAGUUUGUGGAGGAGGUUGAUGAUAAGUGGAGAGUUAUUCUCAGUGACGAUCGAGGUGGAAUAACAGUGGAUUUAGUUGAUGAAAGAUCUUCUUCAACUGAAAUGCUUGAUAGAAGUGAUGUGAUAAAUACGUGCAAGCCUUUGCCUCCUCAGGCACAAAGUGAAGCUUCCAGUGCCUGUGACUGUAGAUCACUUACCUGGAAGUUCCCGGAGGCAGGGCAGACUGUAAACGUUUAUAUCACGGUGGUAAAUGGCCCAGACUAUUUUUGGAGUUGCAGUGCUGGUACAGAAAACAUGAACUACAUAGAGGAAAAAAUAAAGGAAGCUGAAAACUUAGGACUAACCUCUGUGAACAGCUGCAUUAAGAGUGGUGAUAUUUGUCUGGCAAAGUACAGUCAGGAUGGGAAGUUCUACAGAGCUGAGGUCACCAGCGUAAAAGGCGACGACAUAGCUGUGAUCCAUGUGGACUAUGGAAGUGAGGAAACUGUUAGCCUGGAGAUGCUCAAACCCAUUCCAUGUGAAUUGCUUCAAGUGCCUAAUCAAGCAUUUGCUUGCUGUCUGUCAGGUUUUGAUCCCGCAGAGGGCUCGUGGCUUAGUGAAGCCAAAGACAAGUUUUACGAUAUGACUGCAGAGCUCCUACUAGAAGCUGAAGUAAUAGAAACUCGGGAGAAUAAAGCUUUUCAAGUCCCUCUGUCUGUUGUCAAGCUGGAGACUUCUGGGAGGAGUAUUAAUGAAGAGAUGAAAUCUUUUUGGAAGGCUAAUAUAGGAAGUGGUCACAAAGCUAUCCCAGACCCUGAGAGCCCCUUAGAAAGAAACAGAUGUCCGAGCGGUGAUGUGGGCCUUUGUCUCAAAGGAGAAACUGCUACUUGUGGAUUAGCUCAAGAAGAAAGUGAAAGUGCCUUGCUUUGUUCUCAGUGCUUCUCAGAUGCACCUUGUGGGUGUUCACAUGGCUCAGAAGCAAACGUGUCAGUGCGAGCUGUGGAGUCUGGGAAGGUGGCUGGUGAACGUGAAGCAGCUGAGCAUCGCAGCUUUGAUAAAGAGAUUGCUGCACUGGAAGAUGAGAGCACUAGCAAAGUAUUAUUAGAGCCAGGAGGAAGCUGCAGUCUUCAGAUGUUGGAGGGUGGAAUGAAAUCUGCAGUUCAAAAGCCACCUGAAUUGCUGUUUCUGCAGGAUGUUGAGCUGAAAGCAGAAGCGUUGGCAGAAAGCAAGGCAGCUGGCCUUCUGCUGGGAAACAAACAAGAAGAGCUGGUAAGAGGGCCACUGCUCCAGGUAGAGCCUCCGGUGGAUGAUGGAACAGAGGCACUGAUCAAACUAGAUGAAUUACAAAUGCACUCUUCUUAUGAUGAUUUGAAAGAGUUGAUACUGGAGCUAGAGGAAAUAGCAGUGCAGCUCUCAGUUGCUGACGAGACAAAGGAAGCACUGGAAACAGAGGCCCUUGAAAUGCUGGCUGCUUCAGGCAGUGAAGCAAGAGAGAAAGUGCUGGGAGGGGCAGUACGUGAGCCCCCGCUCCUGUGUGAGGAGAUGGGGCCCUCGGCAGUCCUGCAGUCUGAAACCUUACCUUCACUUAGUGAGGGAGAGAGCUUGCUGCCUUCAGUUAGCGAUGUAGGGAAGGCGGUAGAGCUGUUUCCUUCUGAUACUCUGCUUUCUCUGAGACAGACUACAAAGAUGCUGGAACUGAAUUUCUCUGGGGUUCAUAAAGCAGAAGCUAUGCAAGAAGAUUGGAUGGAAGUAGAGCCUCCACUCUUGCUGCCUUCGUCUGAUGGUAGACCUGAGAAACAACCAAAGGCCCCUGAUAUGUUGGCAAUGAUAAGUGCUGAGAUCGAGCAGCUUCUGGAUUUGGUCCUGCCUGGUGUGAAGCCUUCUCAGCAGGAUGGAGUGGAGGACUCACUAGGGCUGGAACACGCUGUGUUGCAAAGUUCUUCAAAUAGUGCAAGCCAAUUUUCUGUUCUUAUGAAAGACUUAACAAAUGAGAAACCUGUUAGCACCAUGAAGUCAUACGGCUGCAGAGCUGAGAAACGUAAAGCGUGGCAAAAGAAAGAUGACCAUUGUGUGAAAGGAUGGGUGCAGCAAGACAUGGCCGAAUUGCUUAAAGAAUGUGGAAGUGCCCCUACACGUGUGCAGUCUUCAGACUGUAAACCUGAUGAAGAAACAGGAAAAAAGCGAAAUGAUAACGUGGCUGACUAUAGUGCAGAGGGCAGUGGAUAUACUUGUAAGCUGAAGGGCUUUGCUGUUGGUUCCAAGUGCGUGGUGUGGACGUCCCCAGAAUGGUGCGAGGCUCUCAUUUUGGAGGUAUCUGAGAAAGGCACCAGGGUACUGAAUCUCUCCAGUGGCAGUGAGGAGAUUGUAGAUCCUGAGAACGUCUGGAACGUUAUUCCCAGCUGGGCUGGCAGAUCACCUGAGAGAACAAGCCACGUGACAGAAAACGUGCUGUCCAGGCCAGAGGAAUCCUUACUUCAAGAAGAGCAGAGUGGUUGCAAUUCAGCUAAAUGUGAAGAUCCCUGUGUUCUCCAGCAUUUCUGAAAGAGGACUUAUCUAGCACAUGAAGUGUAACGAGUCCCUGUAUACACAUCCAUUCCAUGAAAAUGGGUUUUUAUAGCAACAAUACAACCAAAACACUCGGGUCUUUCUUCUACAUAACUGAGCAUACCACACUUCCUUGUCAAAGAAUAGUGCUUGGUGAUAGACUGCUGUCUGGUGGGCAUUUUAAAACUGUGCUUUAAUCAAACAGGAAUGUGCCUCUUGACAGGCAUCCCUUAUUGAACGCUUGUGUGGCACUAAUUUACGCCUGGCUGAUAGUGGGCUCUUGAACAAAAGCCUCCCGUGAGCUACUGCAGUGAUAUGUGAUGUUGACCGUUGAUUUGUUUUCGUUUCUUUAGGUUUAAAGAGUAUUUUUGAGGGGAGGUGGAGGUUUUUUUCCUCUGUAGAGAAACGUAGUUGUUCAGGACUGAAGUCUUGUAUUUUCUGCCAUUACAAAGCAACUGAAGAAGCUGGAAUAAAGCUUGUGCUGGCAAAUGCUGUUUAGAGUUUUCUUUCCCAGUGGCCAAAUACUGUGUGCAUACAGAGGGUUUUCCUUCACCUGUAUUGCAAUCAGAUGGAGCUAUGCACACCCUGCAGUUG